GGUGCUAUCUACAGACUGCUACAGACUACAGUGUAUAUAGAUAACAAUAUAGAUCCUACAUCUCUGUUUUGUAUUGUCAUUUGUCAGGCAGUUCCAUAGGCACUCUGUGCCUUUACUUAAACAAACAGUCCUUAUUUUGUUCAUUUGUUCUAUCUGUUCACAAAAAAUUGAACAUAUUGAUGUUUGUCUUUGAAAAUUGUGCUUCAAAAGCACAUUAUAUGGUUAUUCUUUAACCGAAAUUUUUUUUGUUUUUUUUUGUUGGUUGUGUCAAAUAAAUGAAAAACAGGUUAUACAUGACAGAAAGGUAUGGAAAACGAACACAUAAAAAGACUUCUUUUACCCGACGAGGAAACACUGUUUGAAUUGAUCAUCAGAUAUGGUCUGUAUGUCGGUGCUGUCUUUCAAAUUAUUUGCAUAUUAACUGUUGCAAUUUAUCACAACUGGCCAGGUGAUGGAUUUUCAUCUUUCAAGGAAGAUACGACAAGUGAAGUUGAUUGCUCUGAGAGUAGUCCCCAGGUAACACCGAGAAAACCACAUCGUAAUCGUAAACAAGAAAAAAAAAAAAGACGUUAAAAUUGAAA